AUGGUUGUCGUCGGAGGACUUCUGGAAAACAGAGUCCUCACCUAUGGAAGCCUUUGGUUCCUCUUGUCUCAGAUAUGGCUGUCUCUGGUUCCCCUUGUUCCAACUAUGAAUGUAUAUCGCUCCUCUUGUCCCGGUUAUGGCCGCCGUCUCUGGUUACUCUUCUUCCAGCUAUGGUUCUCUCUGGUUUCUCUUGUCCCUGUUAUGGUUGUCUCCGGUUCCUCUUGGCCCAGCUGUUGCCGUCUCUGGUUCGUCUUGUCCCAGCUAUGGCCGUCUCUGGUUCUCUUUGUCCCAGCUAUGGGCGUCUCUGUUUUCUAUCGUCCCAGCUAUGGUUGUCUCUGGUUCCUCUUGUCCAACCUAUCGUCUCUGGUUCCUCUUGUCCAAGUUAUGGUUGUCUCUGCUUCCUCUUGUCCCAGCUAUGGUCUUGGCUGGCUGCUGGAGUUGAAUCCUAGUCCCUGGCUUAUCCUACGCAGCGGACAGCCAUCGGCUUGUCGCGGCGAAAGUUGA